CCUACAUGGUUGCUGUCGGCAUCUCUUCCCUCUAUUAACCACUUCUCUUCUCUUGAUGUUAAUGAAGCUACUAACACUCUGCUCCACUUUAACAUCAUUCUCUUCACAAUAUCUGCCCUUUCACCUCCAGUCUCUAGAUCACAGAUGCUCUUCACAACAAUCAAUCAAACUCAGAGCUGCUGAGAGGAAAUGACACAAGACCUAGCUGACCUGAGCAAGUCUAUCAGUCUCUCCUGUCAAUUUUCUCCUUUAGUGUUUCUGCUGCCAAGGUCUCUUACUACCAGAACAACAUAAGCAAAACCUCUAUCCUCCACCUUCUCACACUCCUUCUCUGAAUGGUUCUUCUUCUUUUUCUCCCCUCAUGGAGAUCAGGCAAUAUCAGAAAUUGUUCAUAAUGUGUUAACCUGAUAAUGCACAUUACAGUACAUAGACUCACAGAUGAGAUUACAACAGUUCCAAGAUUGCUUUUUUUUUAAAGCCACGUAAUCUUAUAAUGGCUGUUUACUGACAAGAACUAAAUGCUGUGCGAUAUUGCUCAAGUGUCCUACAUAAUAAAUACAGGAAAAAUAAAUGUUACAAAUAUGAUAAGUUGAUUUUUGCACGUUUUUUGUCUCUUCUGUUUGUUUCAGCUGGAUUUGACUGUCCCGUCUGCUCAAAGUUUGUCUAUUCUGAUUUAAUAGAUGUUCAUUUGCUCAAGUGCUUCUCUAAACCCAGACUCCAUUAUAACGGUAAGUAUAAUCUUCACUGCAGCAGGUCACUCUCUUUCUGUCCAGUUAGAUCAUUGGCACGUUCCUGCAAUCUUGGGCUCUCAAAUAUAGUUGAAAAAUAUAUGAAAUAGCCAGAAACCUGAACUUAUUUCAUGCUGGACAGCUAUCAGCUCUACUGAAAAACUUGUUUUAAUGCUGAUUUGUUUUGUUGUGUAACAGCGCCCCAGUGUGUCUACCACAAAGGGUAUGAGAAACAUUCACUAACACAGACAUACACACAUAUACCUGCUGUCGUCUGUGGAAAUCAGCUCAUCUUCUGCUCCUCCAUGUGUAUUGAUGUGCAGAACAUCCCAUAGAAAGCAUUAAAACCAAUCCGGUUUUAUGAUUAUUAUUAUUGUUCUUUGUGUGUGUGAUUUACAUUUUUUAUGUAAGAGCCUAUUUUAUCCACUAUCCAAUUCCACACAAACUGCAUAUUUUUUUCACCUGCAGAUAUUUCCAAUAAAGAAGACCAGCAGAAAAGGGCUCUUGGACAUCUGUGACGUGCAUCAGCACUUCUCUUGAUUGAGGGCUAUUAUUGUGUGGAUGCAGUUAUUGUAUCGAAUAGCCUAAAUUAAAUACUGUGUAAUGAAAACUAGUUUGCAUCAGGAAAAAAUAGCAACUUGAAAAAAACUUUGGACAUUUUUAUAUGUAUUGUUAUCAAUAACAUUUGACCUGAGAAAGGUAGGCUGCUACUUGCACUUAAAACCUUUGCCAUGUUAAUAAUCUCCUAUUUGAGCUUGUAUCUAUAACAGAAUUAUUUGCCAAAAUAGAAUCAUAAAAUCUUCUCUAAAUGGUAACUGAACAAAGCCUGUACUUGUGUCUUCAUCAUAACACGUUUAUGAACUGGAUGAGCUGGAUUUUUUUCUCUCUGAACAAGACCGGCAACUUCUGCUGCCAGAAGUGAAAGCAUUUGAAGAGUUCACCGUGUGCCAUUUUACACCAGGACAUUAUAAUAUGCUUUAAAUCAGAAAAACAAACAUCAAAGUGUUAAAUAGUAAUAUUUGUUGUUGCCUUUACAGGAAUUUACAUGGUGGGGAAACAAUUGAAGAGAAACUACGAACAUGGGAACCUGUGUGAUUUUGAUCCAAGUGAUUGAACAUUAGUCAGUGUUUCUGACUCAUCAGACGUACCUGCGCAGCUACAUUCAGACUGAAUCAGUAAUGGAGGACAAAGAAACAUUUGACGAUGUCGAUUUUUCUCCAGGAUGCAGGCAGAGGUUAAACUCACCAGAGCCCAGCUGUGUGUCCAUGAAGAGUAACCAGUCUAAGGAAAACAUUAUAACAUUUAAAGGAAAAUGCACAUCUACUGAUCUGAGACCUUUGUCCAUGAACAGUGACUGUUCAAAAGAGAACAUCAUAACAUUUGAAGAAAAUCACACAUCACCUGAUCUGAGGCAGAGGUCAAACUCACGGGAGCCCAGCUGUGUGUCCAUGAAGAGUGACCAGUCUAAGGAAAACAUUAUAACAUUUAAAGGAAAAUGCACAUCUACUGAUCUGAGACCUUUGUCCAUGAACAGUGAUUGUUCAAAAGAGAACAUCAUAACAUUUGAAGAAAAUCACACAUCACCCGAUCUGAGACCUUUGUCCAUGAGAAGUGAUCAUUCUAAAGAGAACAUAAUAACAUUUGAAGAAAAACACACAUCAACUGAUCCGAGUCAAUUUCAGUGGCAGAGAUCAAACUCACAGGAGCACAGCUGUGUGUCCAUGGAGAGUGAAGCGUCUAUGGGAGAGUCAGUAAUAUUUAAUGGGAAAAGCAAAUCAAAUCUGAGUUGUGACUCUCAACUGGUCCAAAGCACAUUCAAAUCAAAUCUUAUAAAGACAUUUCAGUGUCUGUAUGAAGGAAAAGAUAAGCAGCGAAACCCAACACUCCUGAAUGAGAUCUACACAGAGCUCUACAUCACAGAGAGUGAAAGUGGAGAGGUCAAUAAUGAGCAUGAGGUGAGACAGAUUGAGACAAAAUCCAGGAGAGCAGCAACAGAGGACACACCAAUCGAAUGCAAUGACAUCUUUAGUCCAUUACCUAGACAAGACAAAGCCAUCAGAACUGUGCUGACAAAGGGAGUCGCUGGCAUUGGAAAAACAGUCUCUGUGCAGAAGUUCAUUGUGGACUGGGCUGAAGGAAAAGAGAAUCAGGACGUCCAGCUCAUAUUUCCACUUCCUUUCAGAGAGCUCAACUUGAUGGACAAAAAAACCAGUCUUUCAGAUCUUCUUCAUAUCUUUUUCCCUGAAACAAAAGAAAUGGAAAUAUCCAGUGAUGAAUAUAAAGUGUUGUUCAUCUUUGAUGGUCUGGAUGAGUGUCGUCUGUCUCUGGAUUUUCAGAGCAAUGUGAGGUUGUGUGAUGUAAGUGAAUCAGCCUCAGUGGACGAGCUGCUGAUGAACCUCAUUGUGGGGAAUCUGCUUCCCUCUGCUCUCAUCUGGAUCACCUCCAGACCUGCAGCAGCUGAUCUCAUUCCCUCUGAGUGUGUCCACCGAGUGACAGAGGUACGUGGCUUCAAUGAGCCACAGAAGGAGGAAUACUUCAGGAAGAGAAUCAGUGAUCAGAGUCUGGCCAAUACAGUCAUCUCACACCUGAAGUCAUCAAGGAGCCUCCACAUCAUGUGCCACAUCCCAGUGUUCUGCUGGAUCUCAGCCACUGUUCUAGAGAAGAUACUGUGUGAAGCAGAGACUGGAGAGAUUCCCAAGACUCUCACUCAAAUGUACACACACUUUCUGAUCCUUCAGACCAACAUCAAACAUGAGAAGGACUAUGAGAAGAAAGUCAAAGAUAAAGACAUGAUUGUCAAACUGGGGAAACUGGCUUUUGAGCAGCUUGUGAAAGGCAACCUGAUCUUCUGUGAGGAAGACCUGAGAGAGUGUGGCAUUGAUGAGACAGAAGCAUCAGUGUACUCAGGAUUGUGCACUCAGACCUUCAGAGAGUUUGGCUUGAAUCAAGGGAAAGUCUUCUGCUUUGUUCAUCUGAGCAUCCAGGAACAUCUAGCAGCUCUAUAUGCACACUGCUCCUUUACAAAUGACGACAUCAAUGUAUUUGACCAAACCAAACAAAGUCUAUUGUCUAAGGUUUUAAACCAGAAGAAAUGUAAUUUAAUAUCUGAGCUUCAUCAGAGAGCUGUGAAUAAUGCCUUAAAGAGUAAGAAUGGACAUCUGGAUCUUUUCCUGCGUUUUCUUCUGGGUCUGUCACUGGAGUCAAAUCAGACUCUCUUACGAGAACUACUGACACAGAUAGAAAGCUGCUCCUUCAACAAAGAGGAAACAGUUCAGUACAUCAAACAGAAGAUCAGGGAGAAUCGCUCUCCAGAAAGAUCCAUCAAUCUGUUCCACUGUCUGAAUGAACUGGGUGACUGUUCACUGAUGCAGGAGAUCCAACAUUAUCUAAAAUCUGGAAAAAUAAGAGAAGCCAAACUCUCCUCUUCACAGUGGUCAGCUCUGGUUUAUGUGUUGCUGACAUCAGAGCAGAAGAUGGAUGUUUUUGAUCUAAGAUGGUUUAUUGGAGCUCAAAAUACAGCAGAUGAAGUUCUUCAGAAGCUGCUGCCUGUGGUUAAAGAAUCCAGAUCAGUUCAGCUGAGUAAGUGUGGUGUCACAGAUGAAGGUUGUGCUGCUCUGACUUCAGCUCUGAGAUCAAAGCCCUCACACCUGAGAGAACUACAUCUGUCAUUGAAUGAACUAGGAGACUCAGGAGUGAAGCUGCUCUCUGAUCUACUGAAGGAUCCUCACAGUAAACUGGAGACACUGUGGUUGAAUCAUUGUGGAAUCACAGAUGAAGGUUGUGAUGCUCUGGCUUCAGCUCUGAGAUCAAACCUCUCACACAUGAGAGAUCUGGAUCUGACUGGAAAUAAACUAGGAGACUCAGGAGUGAAGCUGCUCUCUGGUCUACUGAAGGAUCCUCACUGUAAACUGGAGACACUGUGGUUGAGUAAUUGUGGAGUCACAGAUGAAGGUUGUGCUGCUCUGACUUCAGCUCUGAGAUCAAACCCCUCACACCUGAGCGAAUUGAAUCUGUCAUGGAAUAAACUAGGAGACACAGCAGUGAAUCUUCUCCCUGAUCUACUGAAGGAUCCUCACUGCAAACUGGAAACAUUGUGGUUGAGGGACUGUAGAGUCACAGAUGAAGGUUGUGCUGCUCUGGCUUCAGCUCUGAGAUCAAACGCCUCACACCUGAGAGAACUGAAUCUGACUGGAAAUAAACUAGGAGACUCAGGAGUGAAGCUGCUCUCUGAUGGACUGAAGGAUCCUCACUGUAAACUGGAAAAACUGUGGUUGAGUUAUUGUGGAGUCAAAGAUGAAGGUUGUGCUGCUCUGGCUUCAGCCCUGAGAUCAAAACCCUCACACCUGAGAAAACUGUAUCUGACUGGAAAUGAACUUAGGGAAUCAGAUGUGAAACUGCUUUCUGAUCUGAAUGAUGAUCCACAUUAUAAUCUGCUUGAGUUUUAGUCUGACUUUCUCUGGAUCAGCUGAUGGUGAAUAAAGAGCCUCUACAGACAGACAUCACAUUUAACAGAAUCAACAGACACAAACUCACAGUGAUCAUCACACACACGUGUUUGUGUAACUUUACUGGUCCAGUCCUUGAUUUGAAGUCAAGAAAACCUUUUGUUUGUUCUUCAGAAAUGACAGUUGUACUGGUACCACAUUUUACACAAUAUUACCAGUUGUUUGUGAGACUUUUUUCUGUUUAAUUCUUAUUACAGUAGAUUUCAAUCAAUGUAAUAAAAAUAUUCAUUGACUUGGUAAGGUAUUAAAAAAUCUGAACUCUGAAAGUAAUAUUAAACGAUUUUGUAGUUUUUAUCAUCUUUGUUUUAUCUUAAAUAAACUGACAUUACAUUUAUGUUUUUGUUCAUAAAUUCACCAAAAAGGUUUUUCAUGUUCCAAAGUCUGUAGUACAUUUGUAGUUACAAGACUACAUGUAAAAUGUUGCCAGUAUCUUCCUUACUGUUCAUACAGUACAUAAUUAAUCUUAACAAAUUACUGUAAUUCACCAAAAGCCUUUCCUUUUCCGUGAGUGCGAAAAGGGAUGCAUUCGUUUCGCUGCUGGAGCAAAAGUAAUAGUAAAUUGUUUUAGAUGGGUCAUCUU